UAAGUGUGUUGGAGACUGGAGAUGGAAAGGCCUUCUUCCCCACAAACUUCACUCUCCGCAUCACAAUCUCUGGAGUCGUGCAAUGGACAAACUCCAUGGACAUGAUUUGUCUGAAAGUCGCAGUUCAACUCCCGGCUGUGCGCUCACCCGGCUCUAGGCUCAUGGAGUCUAUAAAUUGACCCUCUCGUCCGAACCUUUGGUGAAGGGAACAGCUUUUCUGCUUCAAUCGUCCAGCUUUUCUUGUUGGGUUCACUCCUACAUCAACCUUAGUUCUUUGCCUGCGACAUGAUGGCUGACGCCAUUCGCGAGCCGAAGAAGGAGACAAAUAUAUCAUCCGACAUGGUCGAGCAUGCCGUGGCUAAGGAAGACCUCGAGAUUCCCGACCUCGAUGCCCGUCUCCAACAGCUCGCCCACGAAGCUCCUCCGUUCUACAAGAACCACAAUCUUCUGAUUGUAUACUUGCUCAUGAUUACAGGCUGCUUGGUCCCUUCUGUUACCUUAGGCUUCGAUUCGGCGAUGAUGAACGGCCUGCAGGCUGUGGAUACAUGGAUUGAUUACUUUGGCAAUCCAUCGGGCUCCAUACUGGGCUUGAUGACUUCUAUCCUGUCCGUUGGUGCCGUCUGUGCCACUCCAUUCAUUAGUCCCCUGGGUGAUAGAUUCGGACGACGUUGGGGUAUCUGGUUUGGCUCGGCCGUCAUGGCUGUCGGUGGCGCCCUUCAGGGUGCCUCGGUGCAUAUCUCAAUGUUCCUCAUUUCCCGCUUCCUCGUUGGGUUCGGCCUGGUUUUUUCCAAUACAUACGCUCCUAUCCUGAUAGGAGAGCUUGCCCAUCCUAGAGAUCGUCAAGUAGUCACGUCUCUGUAUCAAACAUCCUGGUACUUUGGCGCUAUAGCUGCUGCAUGGUGCACUUUUGGAACGUACGACAUGCCCAAUGAGUGGGCGUGGCGCAUCCCAUCACUCCUUCAGGUGGUUCCGGCUUCUAUCACCCUUGUCGGAGUAUUCUUUCUUCCCGAGUCACCUCGUUGGCUCAUCGCAAAUGGACGCGCAGCAGAUGCAAAGAAAAUCCUCGUUCACUAUCACGCCAAUGGCCGAGAGGGCGAUCCGAUGGUCGAAUUGGAGUAUGCAGAGAUGAAGCGCGUGAUCGAGGCCGACAUGGCCAAUCGAACACCCUGGAAAGCACUUAUUGCCACGCCAGGAAACCGGCGCCGUUUAGUUCUCAUGAUAAUGCUCGGUUUCUUCUCCCAAUGGUCUGGCAAUGGGCUGGUCUCGUAUUACCUAGUCCGCGUCCUCGAAACCGUCGGAAUUGCCAGCCGCAAGAACCAAAGCAUCAUCAACGGGUCUCUCAUGAUCUGGAACUGGUUCUGCGCCAUCGGAUCCGCAUUUGCAACCGCCAAAAUCCGCCGCCGCACGCAGUUCCUCAUCUCCACCGCGGGGAUGCUCACCAUUUUUGCCGCCCAAACUCUCUGCGCAGGCCUCUUCAACGAACACAGCAACCAGGCCGCCGGAAACACUGUGAUUGCCAUGCUCUUUCUCUUCUAUACGUUUUAUAACUUUGCCUUCAACGCGCUUCUGUAUUCUUACCCGGUCGAGGUCCUCCCGUAUCCGAUCCGCGCCAAGGGCUUCUCGGUCCUCAUGUUCUGCGGCAAGGCGGCGAAUUUCGUGAAUGCUUUGGUUAAUCCUAUUGGAUUAGAGGCCAUUGGGUGGAAUUAUUACCUUGUUUACGUGGGUUGGUUGUGCGUUGAGACUGUUUGCGUUUAUUUCUAUUUUGUUGAGACCCAGGGGCCGAGUUUGGAGGCUAUUGCUGAGGUCUUUGACCGGCGGUAAGGAUUCGAUCAUUUCGAGAUACAGUCAUGCUAGCAGGACCCUUGUUGGGACUUGCAGAAGGUUCUAGCACGCAUGCAGAUUGAACGUUACCCUGUCUACUCUAUAAGAUAUAUGUAUAUAGACCUAUGGCGAGAAAUAUGUGUGGAUAUAGGCCCAUCGUUCCCUAGGCAGUGGUUAAGCGCCGCAGCUAAGACUCACGCGCCCUAAGACGUUUCUGUGCAAUAUAGCUCGGCGUCAAUAUAGUUGGAAUCUGAUCCUUCCUAUGCUGUUCGAGAGAUUCUGCAUCAGCUAAGCUUUCGAGUCCGCUAGAACGACCUUCGAC